CAGAACAGAAUUUAAGGCGUUAUUCACUUUGUAAAAUUCUGGCUAUAGUACAAUAACAAUAUAAAAUCCAAUUAUUUAAUUUUGCAAACAUCAUGUUGUCUUAAUGAUAUCACACUUAUGAACAUGCUCAUACAAAUAAAAUGGGUAUUUGUUUUAUACAUGAAGAUAUAAAUCUCCCUUUGUAUUUCAGGAUUAGGGCCACUUUGGGGGUCAAAAAGUUUGAAAAUCCUUGAUCUAAAGGAAUGCUAGUCAUCAAGUGUCUAAAUACUGUUUGGGGCAACUAUAGCUAUGUUGGUUCCAAAUCUUUUAUCGUUCCUUUGCUUGAAGUUACAUAAAGAUCCAGGGGAAACAGACAUGGGUGUAUUUUUUAUUUAAUAGCUCCAGGACCAUUAAACUUCAACUGUAUAUUCAACUGAAUACAACUUCAAACAAGGCCCUGAGGAAUUCGUUUAUAUACGUUGUUGUAGAUGCUGACACAGCUGUCAUGGUAUAACAUAUGCCAAUGUAUGUAUACUUAUGUGGUCACAUUACAUUAUAGUACAUUACUGUAUGUGGAGACAUACACAAUCUUACAGUACUUUUGUAAGAGUUGGGAGACUGUGUGUAUCUGCAGUGUUCUCUAGUGUGUGUGUGUGUGUGUGUGUGUGUGUGAUGUGGGAGUAAUAUUACGGGGAUUACCAUGAGAUGAUGGGCCCUGGGGCUGCUGGAUGAGGGGCUGUUUCCUGGCUGUAGCCCUUGUUUGUCUGCCUGACCUGGCAGCACUAGGGGCAGAUCCUGCUUGAAUACAACCCUGAUCCCACGCCUGUCUGAAGCUGUUAGCCACUGUGUUCGGCUAGCUGGGCUUAGUUUGUCUGGCCACAUGCUUUGUGUCGGGGCAGUGAGGAGUGUGGGCAGGGAUGGACAUUGUCAUGGUUUAUGACUCUGGUCUUAUUCAUCCUACCAUUUUUUUCUUAUCAGUCAGACUCAGAGGGCUACUAAGCACUGUUGAAUUAAACCUCACUUUUUAAAACAAAUACUGUCUGUUCAGUUUCUCCAUCUUGCUAAUCAUCACUCUCUUGCUCACUCCUACUUAAAGCACUUACCAGAUAAAUAUAUAUAUUGACCAUAUAUACAGAAAACUUUGAGCUUUAGGUCUGUGCUUUGGACAUUGGCUUAUUAUAUGCAUUCACAGAGAGAGAGAGAAAGAGUGAGAGAGUAAAAAAACUCGAGUUACUUUUUAUCUUCUGACCUUCCUGUAGAUCCCUUGUGUUGAAAAGCAAAGCUCUUGUAAUUCCCUGAUAGGUUUAACUAUUCAUUACAGCCAUAGAGAUUUCUCUGUGCAGUGCAUGUGCACAUAGACUAUUAUAGUCUUUCUGUAAAUCUUGGGUCAGAGGUGUUGCAAUGAUGCUGUAAUAACCAUGUAACAAAGACUUAUCUAGUCUCAUUUUGGAGAAUACAAAUAAACCAGAGUACUUUCUUAACAUUCUGUAAAGGUUUUUUUUUUUUUUUUUUAGAGGCUUGUUAUUAUUUUUCAGUUGGUGGAUUGACAGCUAGUUUGAGAAGUCUGUUACAGCCAUUCUGUGUGUUGUUUCUGUCUUAGAUACUCAUUGAACUCUAGGCAAACUGUGUGUGUGUGUGUGUGUGUGUGUGUGUGUGUGUGUGUGUGUGUGUGUGUGUGUGUGAGAGAGAGAGAGAGAGAGAGAGAUCAAAGAUGAAAUUUGCAGGUGAGUUUUGGAUUUAAUUCUGUCAACGAAUUCAGUUCUGGCAUAGUUUCAUCUUUUUCUUAUAAAAAACUGUCCUCAGUGAGACAGUUCAAGUAACAUUGUUUAAUUGAAGAGUAUUUAACUUCCACCUCUCCAACCUUUCCUUCUAAAUCCUGUCAAUCGUAAGACCCCAGAUUCAGUGGAAUCUAUUAUGUCAGCCACUUUGCCUUAUCUAAAAUCUCACAUGUAUAUUUCACAGGGUCAAAAUCAGGGAUCAGGUACCACUUUCUUUAUGGGUUUCCUUAAAGGACAGAAGACGAAACCAGUGAGGGGGGACUGUCUUGCAGCGCCCAAUCGUUCGUCAUGAGGCAGCCUGUGUCGUCACUCGGCCCGCUCUAUAAAACUACCUCCAACUCACUCACCUGGUUAGACAAACACCUCUCUAAUCCACAGCUGAGGACACGAAUCUUUCAACUUUAUUGUCAGUAUUCAUACGUCCUUUAAGUUGACAAACUAAGUAAAAACAAAAUUCUAAAAUUCAAAAAAAAAAAAAAAAAAAAAGAUUUAUAUAAAACAACUUUUAUGAAUCUUGCCGAUUUUUCAUAUUUCACGGGCAUGUGCAACAUGACGGCAGAGUCCCAGCAGUCGCCAGCCGAGGCGGUCAGUCCAGUGGUGGUAUCUCCCAACGUGAGCCUGGACUCACCGAUUCCGCCAUCACUGAACCACCAAGUCCGAUCCAAAGAUGGUGUUCUCGUUAAAGCUGAGCCUCGGGGCAGCAGUCCAAACACAGACAAAGAGGAAGGGCUUUCACUGGGACAAACCGAGGAGCACCUGCUCGCCACUGGAAGCCGGCGAAGGAAAAGGCCGGUACAGCGAGGAAAACCGCCCUACAGUUACAUCGCCCUUAUAGCGAUGGCCAUCGCCAAUUCAGCUGAGAGAAAACUUACCCUGGGAGGCAUCUAUAAAUUUAUCAUGGAGCGCUUUCCCUUUUACCGGGAGAACUCGAAAAAGUGGCAAAAUUCUAUACGUCAUAAUCUCACUCUCAACGACUGUUUCGUGAAGAUCCCUCGGGAACCCGGUAGGCCUGGCAAAGGGAACUAUUGGACGCUUGACCCCGCCGCUGAGGACAUGUUUGACAACGGAAGUUUUUUGCGAAGGAGGAAAAGGUUCAAGCGGACUGAUGUUAGCACAUAUCCUGGGUACAUGCAAAGCUCCAGCGCUUUCACGCCCACAGCAAUGGGCAGACAGACAUACCCCAACACAUUGUACCCGGGUAUGACGUCGGGCUACGGGUCUCAGUUGACUGGAUCUCCGCACCCAGCGAUGCUCCAUCACUAUCAGACAUCGGCCGGGGCCGCGCAAGGUCAGCCCAGGAUGUUCAGCAUCGAUAAUAUUAUUAGUCAGCAGUCAGAGAUGCAAAGCGGACCAGGAGGAGACCUCAACCCGCAGUCCCUCGGCCUGGUCACGGGAGACCUGGGUACCAUGACCUCCAGCUGUUCCGUAUCUACUUCUGACUCAACCUGCUUUCAGGCCCAGUCGAUAAACCCUACAAGUAACAUGCUGUGCAGGAACACCGGAUCUCUUGCUUCCAACAUGACAGUCGGCUACACUUACUCCCCGUCGGCUUCACCUACUCACUUGUCCGGGGUCACGCUGUCCAGCUUCUCUCCGGAUGGUUCACAGGUGUAUUGUACAGGGAACAGGAUUUCGCUGCCAGCUGUGCGCUCUGGGUCGUGCGCCGAGCAUACAGAACCCCUUUUAGGUCUUUCCGGGCAAGCAAUGAACUCUUACAAUAAUUCAUAUGUGAGACAAGCAAAUUAUGCCUCUGGACUGGAGCGAUACAUGUGAAAUAUCGACCAAAUAUCGUGCACUGACAACCCAUUUUGCAGUUUCACAUUAACAGAUAAAGGAACUACAGAUAUGAGUGUUCAGACGACUUCAUCACACUGCUAACACUCGAAUUGGUUCUUAAUCUUUACGAGUGCUGACUGUGAAACAGAAGUUGUGUACCAUAUGGCAAAAUGAGCACGUUGUGUUACCUAAAACAAGAAGAAUUACAGUUCUGUUAUUGCAAUGUAGGUUAAUUUGAUACUUUGUUUGGAUAUGUAUAUAUACUGAAUGCCUAUAUAUAUAUAUUUCUCGUCCCACUGAUAUGAGAAAACUGACAGUCAGUCCCAUGAAAAAUGUAAAUUUUGUAAGCCAAUAAAUAUGUUCUGAGUAAUUCUUUUUGUUUGUCAUCUAUUUUAAAUCACUUUGUUUAAAAAAGUAAAUAAAAAUACAAUAGUUUAUGUUGUUUAUGUUAAGUUUUCAUUACUUAG